AUGGCCCAGCCCAUUCGCAAACUCCGGAUUGCAGUCUCUGGCCUCGGCCGCAUGGGCGCCAGACAUGCGGACCAUUUUCUCCACCUCACACCUCGGGCUCAACUCGUGGCGGCUUUUACGCCGGACGCGAAGGAGCAGGCCUGGGCAAAGGAGAACUUGGAGCCGUGGGGGGUCAAGAUUUAUUCGGAUUAUGAUUUGAUGUUGAAGCAUGAGGGAUUGGAGGCGGUUUGUAUUGCCACUGUGACCACGGUGCAUGCGGAGCAGACGAUCAAGGCGAUUGAGGCGGGCAAGCAUGUGCUGUGUGAGAAGCCGUUGAGCACAAAGUUGGAAGUCUGUCAACAAGUCUUUGAAGUCGCCGCUCGCCACCCCCACAUCAAAGUAAUGUGCGGCUUCUCCCGCCGCUUCGACAAAUCCUACUCGAGCGCCUACCAACUCGUCACAAACGACCACAUCGGGCGCCCGACCAUCAUCCGCUCCCAAACCUGCGACAAAUACGACCCGUCUGGCUUCUUCGUCGAAUACGCCCAGUUCUCCGGCGGGAUCUUUGUCGACUGCAACAUCCACGACAUUGACCUCGCACUGUGGUACUUUAGCGCCGCCUCACGCGGCGCCCAGCUCCCAGUCGUAAAAUCCGUCGUCGCAGUUGGCGUGACGGCGCUCGAGCCCGAACUGGCGCAAUACGGCGACGUGGACAACGGGGUCGGCGUUGUCGAGUUUUACGACGGCCAGAUUGCCUACUUCUUCAGCUCGCGGAUGAAUGCACCGGGCCAGCACGACAUGACGGAGAUUGUGGGGACCAAGGGCAAGUUGGCGGUGAAUGCGAGCCCGACGAUCGAUAUGCUGGAACGACACACGAGCACGGGGAUUAAUCGCGAGAUUCCGCAGAAUUACUUUGAGCGAUUUGAAAUGGCAUUUGUGGAGGAGGCGCGGCAGUUUACCGAGGCGGUGCUCGAGAACAAGACGGUGCCGGUGGAUCUGAAGAGUAGUGUCGAGGCAGUGCGGAUCGGGAUUGCGUUGCAGGAAAGUUUGAGGUCUGGGCAGAAGAUUUGGUUUGAUCGCGAGGGCAACAGGGUGGAUGGAGCGGCUAUGACGGGCGGGUCCAAGUUGUAG